AUGGAAGAGAUUCAUGGAAAGCCCGAGGGGGCAUUCACAGUCAAUUCUAGCAGAGAUAGCGAAGAAUUGGCGGGCCCAGUACACCUCAGCGAAAGGAAGUUGAUGUUAAAAAUUGAUAUUCACGUUCUGCCGAUUUUGUGUGUUCUGUAUUUCUUGGCUUUCUUGGAUCGAGUCAAUAUUGGCAACGCCGUCGUCUUUGGACUUGAGGAAGAUUUAGGAAUGGACCCCAAAUCCAACCAGUUCAACACGGCGUUGACGAUUUUCUUUGUGCCUUACGUGCUGCUAGAGAUUCCUUCCAAUCUCAUUCUCAAGAAGUUGCGGCCGCAUAUUUGGCUGGCAGGAUGCAUGUUUAUCUUUGGUAUUUUGACCAUCGCUCAAGGCUUGGGUGUGCUGCCACUUCUCAAAUACAUCUUCACUCCCCAGGCUGACUUGAAUUGCAUAAUAGUCAAAAGCUACAGUGGUCUCCUCGCAACACGAUUUUUCAUCGGCGUCGCAGAAUCUGGGAUGUUUCCAGGAUGCUUUUAUCUCAUUGGAAUGUGGUAUAGACGGUCCGAUGCCCUCCGCCGAUAUACUUAUUUCUUUAACUCGACCACCCUCGCAGGCGCAUUCGGAGGGCUGAUCGCUUACGGUACCGGCCAUAUGCAGGGCAUAAGAGGAUACGGAGCCUGGCGCUGGCUGUUCAUCGUCGAAGGUUCCGUGACGUGCGUGGUUGCUAUUGUGGCUUGGUUCACCAUCUCGGACUUCCCCGAACAGGCAAGAUGGCUGAACGUGGAGGAGCAACAAUGGCUGAGGAGUCGACUCAAGGCCGAUCAUGGGGACGACCCGGUUGAACGGUCUAUCGGAUUCUCGGAUGUGGUCGAGGUCUUGAAGGACUACAAGAUCUUCCUGGGAGCGCUCAUGUACUUUUCUUUCCUGGUUCCUUCCUACGGCUACGCGUACUUUUCGCCUACUAUCAUUGAAUCCUACGGCUACAGUCCUUUACAAACUCAGCUCCACUCCGUCCCGCCGCUGGCAGUAGCGUUUUUCUUGUCUUUGGGAAUUGCAUAUGUCUCUGACCGGCUACGGCACCGGUACCUCUUCGUUAUCUUUAAUCUACUGAUUGCUAUUGCGGGGGUUGCAAUACUGCUGAACAAGCACUACAGCAUGAAACUUGAGUACGGUGCGCUUUUCCUUGUGGUUUUUGGUCCAUAUUGCGGUAUGCCCGUAGCGCUUUGCUGGUUCACCAUGAACUUGGGUGGUCAUCGUCGCCGCGCUAUCGGGACCGCGCUGCAACUUGGGUUCGGCGAGAUCGCGGGUAUUGUAUCCACGUUUCUGUUCUUGUCCAAGGAUGCGCCGUAUUACCACACCGGAUACAGCGUGGCUAUCUCGUUCUUCACGCUCGCCGGCUUCUGGGCAACCUGCUACUUUCUUGCUUGUUGGUCCCAGAAUCGCAAGCGAGAUCAACUCAUGGCACAGGGUUCUGGUGAAGCUAGGGUGACGGGAGAUGGUGACUUGGACGUCUCUUACCGGUAUAUGCUUUAA